AUGUCGAAUUCUCCCAUGGCUAGCUUGAUUUUUGCAGUUGGCAUCAUUGGCACUGUAUUAUCCCUUCUAGUGUUUGCCUCUCCCAUCAAGACCUUUUACAAAGUGGUAAAGAAGAAAUCAACAGAGAAUUACAAGGGAGCUCCAUAUAUAACGACGUUCUUGUGCACAAGUUUGUGGACUUCUUAUGGAGUUCUUAAGCCUGGUGGUUUCCAAAUAGCUAUAGUAAAUGGUGCCGGUGCCAUCUUUCAUUGCAUCUACAUACUUCUGUUCCUCGUAUAUUCACCUCAAGAUCAGAAGGUUAAGACGGCACUGUCAGUGGCUAUUUUGGACGUGGGUUUUCUUGGGACAGUUAUUUCAGUGAUUCUUUUCGCUCUUCAUGGAACGAUCCAGCUUACUGCUCUAGGAAUGUUAUGCUCUGGUUUAACUAUAAUCAUGUAUGCUUCGCCACUAUUAGUCAUGAAAACGGUGAUACAGACAAAAAGCGUGGAAUACAUGCCGUUUCUGUUGUCGUUUUUCAUGUUUCUGAAUGCUGGUGUUUGGGCAUUGUACUCUUUCCUCGUCAAAGAUUUCUUCAUUGGAAUACCGAAUUUGAUUGGACUGAUAUUAGGUUCAACCCAACUCACAAUCUAUGCAAUUUACAAGAAGAAGUCGAAUUCCACAAAGGUGCCCAGUGUGAGCCUGGACCUGGAGAAAGGAGACAUGUUAAAUGUGAUGAAAAUGGAAGUACACAACUCCGAAGAUGCUAAGCUAAAUGAUGAGGCUAUUGAAGUUGUCCUUAAAAGGGUCAAAAGCCUUCCAAAGCCAGUGCUCAAUCGCGAAAACACGUUUCGAAGGAUCCUCAAAACACUCUCUUUUGGACCAAACAAUUUACCCUCCACUUUUUGCAGUGCUAAGCCUAAGCAUGAGGAUGUUGACAUCCAAAUUGGAGUGGAAGAUCAGGAAGAUCAAGUUUUAAACACUCACACCUAACACUCGCACUUCACGUGGCUUAUUAAUCUCGUUAUCACUUAGUUAUCAACAACGUGAUUUAUUCAUAUUACAAUUGCAAAUGAGCAUGCAUUUCAUUUUCUUUUCCUCCGAAAACGUGUACGAGUAGGGCUAACAACCCAUAUGAAUAUGAUUCUAUAAUUAUUAA